CCAGGAAAGCAGGGCAGUGCCGUGUCUGGAAACCACCAGAUAAAUUAACCCUAAACACUCAUGCUCAACUUGUGGUUUGCUUGAUGAAUAUUAUUACAGGAAGUCCGUGUGAGCACAUGCAUGGAUUUGCAAGAUAUCCUGACUUCUGAAUGUGGGGUAAAACCACUCCGCUUGCCCAGGUCCAGUUCAUGAAGUCCAGGCAAGGUUCAAACAUCUAUACAAGUUCCUUGGUUUCUUCUUGAGCUGGUUCCUAGAGAUGGAACUUAUUCUAAUAAGGACUUGGCCUCAGCAAGGAUCUCCAAGUGUUCCUGUACCUAUUCCCUGAUUUUAAAGGAAAAAGAAUGUAAAAUUCACAGAGCUUUUUCUCUGAAAGAGGCUUUAAGUUCUUUUUAGAUGGAAAGUGUGGUUUCUGUGGAAAGGAGCUUGCUAGUUGAGUAUGUUCUAAAAGAUCUUAGCAGUUCUGAUAAUUACUCAUUUCAUCAGACCAUCUAAUUUAAGUGAACUACACUGAGUACUUUCCUAUAAUGUCUACUUCAAAUAAUGCUACUUUACACUUGGUAAGCCAAAUAAGGAAAUAGAACAGAAUCUCACAGGAGUUUCUUUUCCUUUUAUUUCAUAUAGCUCAGAGACUUGCUGUAACAAAAGCCUUUCUCUCUAUCAAACCUGUUUAACAUAUUCUACCAAACAAACUAUCUCCUAAAGAAAGCAGGAGGAUUUUUUUUAUGUAUGCCUUGCUCCAGCAGUGGCUCUUGAGGACAUUUUUGCAUUUAUCAAUCUACUAAAUGAGCGAUUUUGGACAGCCUCUAUGUUCUGAUUUGUUUUGUUGUGCUUUUUUUUUAUCUCCCCCCUCCCUCCCUUCUUCCCCUUUUAAUUUGUCUAGGAAAAAAAAGGCAGCUCCUUCAGUGUUGUUUCCUGCAAAGACCAUUCUUCAGAGCUCGUUGGACAGCGCAGGGCUCUUGAAGUGAUAGCUAAUUGGUGAAAGAAAGGCCCUGAUUGUCUUGAGGGAGCUGGAAAGUGCUGCGUGUGCUGCUGAAAGGGACUAGGGAGAAGGUGCCUGGUUUCGCCAAGCAGCUGCUGCUGGAGAUGUUUGGAGAUUACAUCAGCACUGGAAAAAAGGGGCAAAAAAAAAAAAAAGAGAAGAGAGAAGUCCAACUUCACAGAGACUGAGUUUAUGGAGGGUUUUUUCUUCCCCUUCCAAAGGUCUUCUGACAAUACUGUCAUUGUCAAUAUAAGAGUUGUUAAUUCUUUAUGAAUAGCACACGGGGCCUCUUGACUAAAUAGUACGUUACAUGUCCCAAAUCUGUCAGCUGGACUCUUCUCUCACAUGCUAGUGAGAUCACUUUGGUUGGAAUGCUACAGGAAUUGCUGGGCUGGCCGCACAGAACUGAAUACUGCAUUUAUAUAAUUAGACCUCCCAGAUUUUUUUUUUAUUUUGCAUUACCUCAUUAUUGUAGCUUAAAUAUGGAAUCAGCCCUUUUGAUGAUUUUACUGGUUGUCAUUAUAUUAAUACGGUUCAUUUUGUGGUCCUGUCUUAGUGCUUAUAUAGAUUAUAAACUGUCCCGAAGGUUUCCUGACACAAGAAAAGAGGACUAAGAGACUUCAAAAGGCUCGUUGGGAUUUCAGUUGACAAUGGGGAGAACUGGAUAAGGUAAAUAGAGCUACAGCAGAUUUUACCUUGGGAUCUGAUGAGAGAGAAAUGACCUGUUGAGGCUGCAACAGAAGUGAAAAUUCUUCAGAAAGCCGCAUGCUGACUGAGGGGAGAAAAAUGACAACUGAUUGAGUCAAAUAACUUCCUAUCAAACUCAGGCAUGAAUUUGUUGUUGGGAACAGACUUGUGGACUUGUGCCAAAUAAAUGCUCUGGACAAGCUGGAAGGAAUCCUAUUACUGGGCAGUCCAAGACUGCCAGUGGCCUGGUCUUGAUCUGUGGCACAUGAUGGCGUGCUGCCUGCUGGACUGACUGCUGGUCUGUAUGUUGUCAGCUGCACAGCCUGCCUGAAUGCAGCAACUGACAGCUCCCGAAGAAAGCUGAAGAUCACUGGCCAAACUCAGUACCCAAGUGGCACUGCAUGGACUUGCAGGAUUGGGUUUUUAUCUGACUGGCUUGUUUGUUAAAAUUCCUUGUGGUUCCUCCUGGUCAGUUGGAUCUGAAGGUGACUGAAUAUUUUGAACUGACUCUGACCUGCUGAAUAUUCAUGUUUCUUAGCAAGCAUUAUAUCUGAAUGCCAGAAGGAGCUGGAUACCACUGGAAUAUCUCUUUCAUGUAAAACUUAUCUGUGACACAGAGAUUGUCUGGCUCUAGCUGUGCUUCAGUAGCAAAGAGAGCACAUGACACUAUGGCAUGCAGUGAGUUUUGGCUCAAAAGUCUUGCAAGUUACCUUAAUUUCUAGCCUUUAAUAAGGAGCUAAGACACCAAAGGAUUUGGCUGCUUUCCCAAGGCCAUAAUGACUUAAGAUAUUUUGGUUAGCUUGUCUUGCAAAAUGAAAAUUCUAAGUGAACUGUCUGCUUUCAAAUAGAUAUUAUACUGAGACAAGCAUCUGAAAAUCUUCCUAUAUAUACAGCUGAACUUUAACAUCUGCUUUGAGCUGUAUUUUUCUACAGUAGAAGUAGGAAAUCUGUAUUGCCUUGCAUGAGAGAUGCAGUGUCCUUGUCCCAGUCACCUUUAAAACAUAUUAAAAAAAUUAAAGAGUCCUUUUUGGGUGGAUAAUUUUGUGUGUCAUCUAAAAGUGAAGGUUGCUACUUCAGAACCUGGCUUCUGUAUUUCUUGGUAGCUCACAUGAUGACAUCAGUUUAGUUUGGGUAAAAGCCUAUGUUUCUGGCCCAUUCAUGACUCACAUUCCUACAGGCUUGUCUUGUUAGUAACUAUUUAUCAGCCCUUAUCAUUUUGUCUUUUGUAGCCUCCUUAAAAUUCAGCCCUGAGGACUGUUAUGUGUUUAGGCUGUGGAACAGGGUAAAUGUCAGGUCAAUUGAUUUCAGCCUCAGAUUUCAUUUAUGGUGGAUGACCAAUCUACAAACCAGCCUGUAAUGUCUGAAGAUGCAUGUCAUUGAUCUGAAAUCG